AUGGCACCUCAUGCGGAUGAUACAACUUUUGAUUCUGAGAUUCCGGUACCCACAAAAGCACUUCCUACGAACGGUGAUACUCAAGCUCAACCGGCUUCUAACGGGAAUGCCAAAGAGAACGCCGCAGCAGCCUCAAACGGCGAAGCGAAAGAGAUUCCUGGGCCAACGCAUCAUGAGUCUCCCAGUCCUCCACUGGAGCUCAAGGGCGUUCUCAACGAGUUUAAGUCUUUCGACGUGACUCCAGUCAUUGGCAAAGAAUUCCCAGAAGCCAAGCUCGCCGAUUGGCUUAGGGCCCCCAAUUCUGAUGAGCUGAUCAGAGAUUUGGCUAUUACGAUCUCCCAACGCGGUGUCGUCUUUUUCCGAGCCCAAGACGGUCUAGAUGACAGCCUCCAAAAAGAACUCGCGCAGCGCCUUGGCGAACUCUCCGGAAAACCAGCAUCGUCCAAGCUGCAUAUUCAUCCGGUCAUCAACUCGGGCCGCGACGACGGCGGAGGAGAUGACGAGGUCAGCAUCAUUAGUUCUCGCCAGCUCAAGAAGCUUUACAAAGGUCAAUUCAUGACUGCGGGUGAGAAAAGGCAGAGUGGAAAAGAGGGAUGGCACUCGGACAUCACAUUCGAGCCCGUGCCAAGUGACUAUGCCAUUCUGCGGCUUGUCGAGCUCCCAGGUACCGGAGGAGACACCCUCUGGGCUUCCGGCUACGAGCUCUACGACCGCCUUUCCAGCCCCUACCAAAAGUUCCUGGAGACCCUAACCGCCACCUACGCGCAGCCCAAAUUCAACGAGACCGCCAAAAACGGCGACUUCAAACUCUACUCCGCCCCCCGCGGCUCCCCCUACAACAUCGGCGAAGGACUCUCCGCUAUCCAUCCGGUCAUCCGCACGAACCCUGUCACAGGCUGGAAAUCCGUCUUCGCAGUCGGCACCCACGUGCAGCACGUCAACGACGUGACACCCUUGGAAUCGAAAGCGCUGCUGGAAUGGUUCGUGAAAUUAAUUGUGGAUAACCAUGAUUUGCAGGUUCGACAUCGCUGGCAGAACCCGAAUGACGUGGCGAUUUGGGAUAACAGAAGUGUUUAUCAUGCCGCGACGCCAGAUUAUGAGGGGUUGGGCGAGAGGUUGGGUCAUAGGGCGGUUAGUAUUGGGGAGAAACCGUUUUUGGACGUUGGGAGUAAGUCGAGGCAGGAGGCAUUGCAAGGCUUGUCCAAGGAAGGGAACGGGACUGUCGAAUAG